AUAGCGCACUCUCGGGGCGAUCGCUGUCUACCUGACAGCUGACUAGAAAAUUAUUUUAUAUGCACUUAAAACGUGAUAAAAAUGGCCGUAAUAUUGAACACACUUCACGCCAGGACGGCGACCAGGCUCAGUUUGCGCACGUUUAGGCUGCCGGGCCCGUGCAAAGUCACCCGGCCAAACGCGUUAAGGUCAUUGAAUACCAACACCACUGCCACCGGUUCAUCACAAUCAUCUAGAUGGCGGCAAAUUUUAUACACGACGGGAGCGGUGGCCGGCGUCGGCGCUAUCGGCCUGUACUACGCUCUCGACCAGUCGGUGAAGGCGUCGGACCUGGAGUUGCAUCCGCCCGCCUAUCCCUGGAGUCACAACGGCUUUAUCAAAGGCUUUGACCAUCAGAGUAUUCGCCGCGGAUAUGAGGUGUACAAACAGGUGUGCGCCGCCUGUCACGGCAUGAAGUACGUGUCCUAUCGGGAACUGGUGGGUGUGUCCCAUACGGAGGCCGAGGCCAAGCAGGAGGCCUCAGAGAUCCAAGUGCUGGACGGCCCGGACGACACCGGGAAGAUGUUUCUACGGCCCGGCAAACUGUUCGACCGCUUCCCGUCUCCCUAUCCCAACGAAGAGGCCGCCCGCGCGGCCAACAACGGCGCUCUACCGCCCGAUCUCAGCGUUAUUGUGCUCGCACGACACGGCGGCGAGGACUACAUAUUCUCGCUGCUGACCGGCUAUAUGGAGGCGCCGGCGGGUGUGGUGUUGGCCGACGGCAUGCACUUCAACCCGUACUUUGUGAGCGGUUCGGGCGCCAUAGGUAUGGCGCAGGCGUUGUUCAGCGAAAUGAUCGAUUACGAAGACGGCACGCCCGCCACGCAGAGCCAGUUGGCCAAAGACGUGGUUACUUUCCUGUCGUGGGCCGCGCAGCCCGAGUACGACACACGCAAAAAGGCGUCCAUCGAUGUGAGUAGUGUUGUGCCCACACGAUGGGUAUUGCUAAUAAUGAUACCAAUGUUGGCACUGUUGACGUUCUGGAAGCGGCACUUGUGGUCGACAAUCAAAUCGCGUAAAAUACUGUUCAGAGAGACACCGAAACUGCCGCCGAAGAAGUCUUAAUCGCCGCCACAAUAGUUAUAUAUUAAUUGCAUUGUAAUUGAAAAUAUUAAUUAUUAUUAAUAUUAAGUGAAUUAGUUAUGGAUUUUAAUUAUUUAAUUAAUUGAUUAUUUAAAAUGACAGCAAAAAUGUCCGCU